AAUCACGAUUUGCUGAAUAAUUGCUUCUUGCUUCUUCCGGGUGCCCCUGAAUAAAACUGGUGCCUUGAAGACCCAGCAUUCAGAUUGACGCCCAGAAGCUGAGUUAGAGCGCUUGCAAUGAGCAUGAAUCGGCCUUUGCUUAAAAGAACCUCCUCGAUUUCGCAAAGAGUUGAUCAAGAGAGGAACGACGUACCUCCCUCGAUCAAUCUGGAAGAAUCUAAAUCUGCAAAAGAAAAUGCCAGGGACGAUGGUAGAGCCAGGGUUGAGCAAAGCUUUGAGCAAGAAGAUGAUACUGACAUGAGUAAUGCAUCGGAUUCUGAUACUGAGGAGCAGGCUACUAAUCAACAAUCAGAGGAGAAGCAAGCUCAAAGAGCCUCAAGCAGAAUCAUGUCAAUAAAGAGACGUGGCAAGCUGGAAAGGUACAAGAGCAUGAAAUUUUUGUAUGUUGCAAAUGACUACCUUGCCAUUAGAGGCCAAGGAUAUGAUUUUUACUUGUGCAGAGUUUUGGAAGAUGUUCCUGAAAACAAGGAGAGUUUUCAGAUUGCCUGGUUGGACCAAGUAGGGGAGAAGAAACAAGUGUUUAAGACCUCAUAUGAUGACAUAUGCUACAAAGAGUCAGUAAUUGACAGAGUCAAUUUAACAGAGGGCGGUGAUGGGAUGCUUCACCUUGGAAAGAAACACUUAAAACAAGUCAAAGAUUUGCUAAGAGAAGCCCUUCAAAAUGAGAAUGCAAAUCUCCCAGCCACAGAAACCAGCGAUGAUGAAGACGACGGAGAUUCAGUUGAGGAUUUAGAGGAUAAAGAGGAAGAAGAAAAAGAAGAGUCAGAUGAUGGCCCAUCACCGAAGAAAAGGCGGAAAAGAGCAGCAAAACCGACGGAGAAUGACAACAAAUCUAAAAUAAAAAAAUUGAAGGAAAAGAAAGCAAAGAUCGUGAAAAGAAGAGGAUUAAUGCCUAAUCAAGAUAUAAAGAUUGUCGAGAAAGACCCACUCUUUGAAGAGAAGAAUGAUCUACCGAUUGCAAACGUAAAGCGAGGCGUACGUGCCGUCCUUCUUAAUGACAUGCAGAUGCUCAAAGAGGCAAUAGAUGAUGUUGAAAAUGUAUACACGGUAUUCUGGGAUCGAAGUGCUGAUAUUCAUCUUGGUCCCUUGCAUUAUGCAUUGUUGACUGAAAAUAAAAUGGCUGUAGAUCUCUUGCGGAACGAUAAACAGCCAAAAGAAAGGAAAGCUAAACGACCUGCUGUUUCCCUGGAAAAAAUGAACACUGGAAGAUACAAUUUCUAUACGUUUGGUCAUGCUGUCAGAGAAGUACAGGCAAGCAGAGGCGCAAAAGAAGGCAAUAACGCUUUUCUAAAGGAAAGAGACUAUCAAGAUGAUGUAAGCGAACGAUUCUGCUUGAAAUACGUCACUACUGAAAUGACUGAAUAUUACUAUAACAAGCAGGACAAUCAAUACUCGUUAAUGACUGAAUUGGGUUCAGCCAUCAGGAAUGGUCGCCGAAGUAUUGCUGCUCAUUUUCUGAACAAGCAUGCUGAAAAAGAAGAUUUAACGUCAUAUGGAUUCAACUUUUUACAUAAGGAGGUCCUUUCAUUUGAUACCGAACCAUUAUCGAAGUUCCGAAGCCAGUCUGUGACAAAGAAGAGUUUUAUGGAAAAGAUAUUGCCUCUACACUGUGCUGCAAUAAACCCGAACCCAAAAUAUUUGCAAGCGCUCUUCUCAGCAGUCCCUGAUUGCCAUGUUCAGGAUUCAAAGGGCAGGAAACUGAUCCACUACGCAGCCGCAUGUGAAGGCCCAGGACCCUUGGCUUUCUUGAUAUCGAGAGGUGCUGACCCUAACGAUGUAGAUUCGAAAGGAACAACCCCUUUGAUGAUUGCUGCCAAGCUGGGUAGGUGUGCAAAUGUAGAAGAGCUUCUGAAAGUUAAAAUCGAGAUAGAGUUUAAAGACCAGGAUGAUGCUGAGGAUGACGAAGUUGACAAGGAGAUGGACGACAACGAAGAUCCUUUGCCCUCCAGCAAGGGUAUGGCUACAUGCAUCAACAUUAAUGCAAAGGGCAAAAGAACGACAAAAGCCCCCAUACAUUAUGCUGCAAAGAAUGGCCAUGAGAGUACCGUGAGAUUGCUGGUUGAGCAGGGAGCAAACAUUGACCUGCAGACUGGUGCUAGUAAAGGUAACAUGACUGCAUUAGCAUUGGCAGCGGAGCGAGGGCAUUUGAAAAUCGUGAAAACGCUGAUAGAACUUGGAGCAGCACCCGACGGCAAAGUGAAGCACAACAAAAGGCCCUUAAUGUUAGCUGCUCAAAAUGGUCAUUACAAGGUGAUGGCUUAUCUCCUCAACAUUGGGGUCGACCCAAAUGCCCAAGACUCCUCCCUGAACACCCCUAUUCACUAUGCCGCUGCCUAUGGUUGGUAUCAUUGCGUAAAUCUUCUCCUUAAGGCUGGUGCAGACCCAAAUAUUGGAAAUAUUUGGAAGACAACACCCUUAGCUAUAGCACUUCUAAAGGAUAACAUGCACUGCGCUGACCUUCUCCUCGAUAGUAACGUCAAUGUAGAUUUCCCAGAUGAAAAAGGUGCAACUAUUUUGAUGAGUCAGCUAGCUCUUGACUUUGAAGAUGGGAGUUUUGAAAAAAUCAGGUUUCUUGUUGAGGAGAAAGGUGCUGAUGUCAAUAACAAGGACAUGAAUGGAAGCUCACCGCUCCAUUAUCUGGCAUCAAAUUCCGUCUUCAAAAAGCGCCGAAAAUGGAUAGCGACCAAUCGCAAAGAUGUGACAUUUGACAAGGCAAGUUCCGACAUCUGCAAUGAGAUUGCUCGCAUCUUGAUCAAAGCUGGUGCUGAUCUCAACUGUCUCAAUGAGGAUGGUUACACUCCAGCCUUGACUGCAUUGCUUCAGAACAACUUCCCGUUAGUAGAGCUGCUUCUUCAAAACGGUGCAGACGUCAAUACCAUGCGAGAUGGAAGCACCCUGAAACCCAUGCUUCACGUUCUAUUAUCAAAAACCGAGUGUUUAGAUUUGAUAGAGAUGUUUGAUGAUCGCUCAAAGCAUGAAAAUAUUGAUGACCUGACUGGUGACCAAAUUGAGAAAAUCUAUGAAGAACAAAACGCCGAAGUUAAGGAAGCCUUUUUUAAGCUUUUUAUGAAAUGCGGUGCCGAUGUGAAUGCUGUUGCGGAAGACGGAACAACUCCUGUCAUGUUAGCGAUUCAACAAGGUUUUGUAAAGAAAUCAGAGACGUUUCUUUCAAAUGGAGCAGAUCCGAGGAUCGGCAAAAAUUCAUUUGGACAGAAUACGUUUCAUAUCUUGGCUUCUUCUUGCACUUCUGCUGACUGGUCCAAGUUAAUGUCAUUAGCUGUCGAUAAAUUUGGUCCAAUGUCUGAUCUGAUCAAUGAGGCUGAUAACGAUGGUUACACGCCAGUGUUGUUAGCAUUUGAAGCACUAGCUACUUCCGCUUGCAAAGAGGAUGCUGUGCAUAAUUUCAAAGCUUUUAUCAAGUUUCUUGCCUACAAAUGCAACCCGGAUUUCAGUGCCAACGUCAUUCAGAAGAAAGUUUUUUCCAAAAAAGAAUCUGAAGAAUCUGAAAAAUCCGAAGAAUCCAAAGAAUCUGAAGAUCCCGAAGAAUCCGAAGAAUCCGAAGGAUCUGAAAAAUCCGAAGAAUCAGAAGAAUACGAAGAUCCCGAAGAAUCUGAAGAAACUGAAGAAUCUGUUAAAAAGUAUCGAAGUAUUCCUACAUUUGGAUUUAAAAUUGAAAAAGAUAAGAAGAUUGAGAAUGACCCAUAUUCAAUUACCGGCAAAUUUACGUGUUUACAUUUUCUUGCCAUGGUCCACCUGGGGGCAGAUGAUCAAGCUGAUUGUGUUGACAUGAUAAUGAAAACAGUCAAUGGCCAGUUGCUGAACGCAAAAUGCCGACAUGGAAGAACGCCUCUUCACAUUGCCAUCAAAUUUAGAAAUUAUCAUGCGGCUGUUUGUUUUAUCAACGCUGGCUGUGAUAUAUCGAUUAAAUCUUCGAAUUCUGAAGAAGACUGCCUUCUUGGACCAAUUGCUUUGGCUUCAAGACCACCCUGUCAACUAGAUGUUGUAAAGGAACUUAUCAAGUUCAAGGCAGACCCCAAUGUCAGAAGUGGAAAGGAUGAAAGAACUCCACUAAGCUUUGCAGUGGAAAACGUAUCGGAUAAAACUUAUGUUGGUGCAGUUGCACUUGAACUGGUGAAAACAUUGGUUGCCGCUGGUGCCAUUGUAAACAGCUGUGAUGUGAACAGAAGGACGCCCCUCCAUCACCUUAUCAACUCAUCCAGUGGUGGUUAUGAAGCUUUAACUGAAGUCGAAGAGUUUUUCAUUUCUUCUGAUGCUGAUGUUACUGCAACUGAUUGCAAGCAAAAGAUGCCUAUUUUCUACGCUUUUAGCAACUUCAAUAGCAAGCAAAAAGACGAAACUAGCAUGAUCGAUCCCAUAUCCAUUGUCCGCUUGAUAUGCGACCAUGCUGAAACGAAGUCAGUACACACAUCCGUGCUGUCACAUAAAGACAAUAGACAAAGGACAGUUAUGCAUUAUGCUGCUCUAAGAGGUGCAUCGAUCUCCUGUCUCCAUAUGCUCAAGCAUGGCGCAUUGGCUAAUGGAGUUGAUGAGGAUGGAAAUACGCCGGUGGCACUAGCAUUACGUUCGGGACACCACGGAUGUGCAAUGAUCCUUUUACAGCAUAGUAGCAAACUGUCGACUUGGGAUGUGAUAACCCCCGUCACAGAAGAGCAAUUAAAGGAAUAUAAAGAAGAAGUUGCGAGUUCUAGAUGGAAGCAUGCUGCCAACUGUGCCCUUCAAAAGCCAGAGCCAGUGAAGAAAUCAGCGUUACAAAUUGCAAUUGAGAAGGACUGGCCAGGAGUCGCCUAUAUGAUACUCGAGUGCGGGGGAAUACCAUUAUUCGACGCUUUUAGGGCAUCGCUGAAGGCAAGCAGGCUUAGUCUGGCCUGGACCCUGCUCAAGCAGGAGAGGAAUGCAAAAGCAUUUCUCGCUCUCGAUGGAAACUCCUCAAGCAUGCUGCAUGUUUUGGCCACUCAUUCCAAUCUGGAUGAAAGUGAUGAUGGAAUGUUAAUACAAAUUGCGAAGUUUUUGCUUGACAAAGGUAUUGAUGUGGCCAAGGAAGAUAAGGACGGCGUGCUUCCUUUACACAUUGCAGCUCACAAUGCUCAUUUUUCUCUCUGCAGUUUGUUUCUUGAUUACUCUUUGGUCUCCUUGAAUAGAUCAAAUAAAGAAGGGCUUACUCCUCUGGCUGCUGUUUUUAACACCGCUGUAAAUGAUGGCAAAAUCGAGGAAAAACAUGUCAAAUUGAUAAAGUUAUUUGUGAGCAAAGGUGUUAAUUCUUUUGAUAUUUGCUAUUCCACUGGCACACUAGACAACGAAGCUCUAGCAGAAACAACGACAAUACUCAACGAUUUAGUACUGCUUGAAAACGAUGGUAAUUUUGCCGACCCUAAAUCAAGCGAUAAACAAGGCUCGAUUGAGUAUCUCCUUGCCAAUGGAGCAGAUAUCAACUUUGCGAACCGCAGAGGAAUAACUCCUUUGAUGGUAGCUGUUAUGAGUAAUUAUCAAGAUAUGGUGAAGCUCCUCCUGAGCUACAGACAAAUUAAUCUUGAUGUAGUGACCAAGAAUGGAUCUUCUUUGGCCCACAUUUGCCUCAGUUCAAAGGAUGGUUUUUAUACAGAGCAUACGGAAAUACUCAAAAUAUUGCUCAAGAAGCGAAUAGGUUUGGAGCAUGUGGAUGAUUUCGGACAUGCUCCAUUGUACUAUGCAUUGAAGCAACCCACUGGGGUUAUGGCAAGUUUGUUUCCUGCCCGACUUAAACAGAAUUUCACUGUUGAAUCAGUCAAGGAGGAGGAGGUUUUCCCAUUCAAAUCUAAAGCAGGGGAAUUCUGGGAAGGCACUAAGUUGGAUGUAAAGCGCGAUGCGGAAGAGGAAAUUAAGAAGCUUAAAAAGGUGCAACUGAAUGAAAGCACACCGACAGUUGAUAAAGCUUUGAACAUGGCUGCAACAGGUGCUGUCUACAUGGAUGAAGAGACAGGAGUCUUCUACGAUGUUGUGCUCACAAAGGUCGACGUCCGACGUGGGUUGUAUGGAAUCAAUGUGUUCUAUAAACUUCAGGUUGUCCAUCAUAAAGGCAAACAGCUUUGGCUUCUGUUUAAUCGGUGGGGAAGGAUAGGUUCUGGCGGCCAACACCAGCAGACUCCAUUCUCUAACCCACAGGAUGCGUGCAAUGAAUUUCAGAAGAUUUUUAAAAGCAAGACGGGGAACAAGUGGGCUGAUUUGAAUAACUUCCAGAAGACGCCCAAUAAGUAUUCGUUGGUAAGAAACGAGAAAAACCCUGAAAGGAUGCUCCACAAGACAAAUAAAAUAUUGAAGCCUUUUACUAAAAAAGAAUCCCCAGGAUCAAGUUUGCCAGAAGAACUGGAAAUUUUAAUGCAAAACUUGAUAGAUCUUCGUGCUUAUGACCGAUGGCUGCAAAACUUCUGCAAGGUGGACAGGGAUUUUUUACCUUUUGGUUUGAUAUCCCGUGACGUGAUUGAGCAAGCAAAGUUAAUCCUAAAUGAAAUACGUGGAUUGCUGGAGAGCAAGAAAGUCUCCCAAGCGAAUGACGUCUUCAUUUAUGAAAAGGUUGCAGAGUUGAGCAACAAUCUUUACAUGAUGGUACCGCCAGCUCACUAUGCCUACGAGCGAAUCAUACCUCUGAACACUUUAAAUGAAGUCAAAAAGUACUUGGAACGCUUAAAUAUGCUAACAGAUUUAUCAACAGCUAGUGAGUUGCUACUAGCUGCUCAGCACAAGAAACAAGUUAUCAAUCCAGUGGAUUAUGUUUUCCGUGGUAUUGGAGUGAAUUGUGAAAUAAUGGACCAUACAUCAACUGAGAGUCAAUAUAUUCUUCAAUUCAUUGAGAAUUCUCUUCAAGGUGAGACUGUGAAAGUCUCGGGCCUGUAUCGCCUCAAGCGUGACGAGGAAGAGAACAACUUUGAAAGUUGCGGAGUCAAGCACAACCGCCAACUUCUUUGGCAUGGCACUGACACCUCUCAUGUGAUAAGCAUUUUAAAGAAUGGAAUUAAGCAAGACGAAAUCCAUUCCAUGAAAACAGGAAAUUCUUUGGGCUGCGGGAUUUAUUUCUCUCUGUCUUUCAAAAAAGCGAUGUCAUAUUCCAGUUAUCACAAUAACUGCAAAAGCCCUGGUUUUGUUUUCCUAUGCGAGGUGGCUCUAGGAGACAUGCAAGUGGCGGCUAGAAAUUGCUGGAGCAACAGUCAAAAUGAAGAUGAUACUGAUACUGGUAGCGCAAAAUACCACUCUCGCGCUCUUGGCUGCAGCGUAAUGCCAGACCCAACCCAGGAUGUAUUCACACCGUACGGGGCGAAACUUUGCGUUGGUCGUUGGAAAGAGAAUCCUGAUGGAGAAGACUAUUGGCGCUACAAUGAACACGAAUGCCUCGUGCAAGAUCAUCGACAAAUAAAACUUCGCUAUUUAGUGAUGAUUCGGUGAACCCAGCUUUUGCACUACUGCAACGUACUCAUCCCUUUGUAUUUCUAAGGCACAUGGGGUAUUUGUGCCCUGCAAGUUGCAAAAUGGGUACUAUUUUUCAUUCUCAAGCUAUCACAACCUUAUCAUCGCAAUAUUGCAGUGUUUAUUCGUUGAUAAUGACUAUAAAAUGAGUUUAAAUUAAUAGGUAAUAGCACUAUUUUACUACAAGGAUCGUUUCCCCUUGUCUAUGUAAACUUGAAAUUGCACAAUCAUAAUUAUGAUAUUUGUAAUGACAUUAUCUUACUAAACUUAAGUCUGAAGAUCCAGUUGCAGUAUCGCGUCCUUUUCUGGCCUCGGACGACACAUAGUUUGCAAUUCAUUUGUACAUGAAUUUCUACUGUAGCCAUCUAUUAUGGUUGUAGCGGAUAUCAUUUCAGGUCGUAAAAAAUCUGCGAGAAAGUCGAUUAGGUUUUAAGCUGAGCAAUGUUCAGAACGUUGAUUUUUCAUUUUCAUAAAUGAUAAAUGUUUUUGACACCAAUGAGUUUGCCAAAGCAUUUAAGAUCACCUGAAGAAAGGAGAUUUUUAUGUUGUUUUAGUGAAACUCUGAAAAUAAAAUGGAAUGGGUUUCUUUGUUUUGAACUAGUAUUCUUUUAGAGUUGCAUUUUGUUUAGUUUGCAUCUUGU